CCAUAGCCAUCUGCCGUCCGCCGUCCGAUUCUCCACUCUCUCCCUCUCCGAACUCUCCCGAGUUCUUGAACGACGACGGCGACGAGACGAGGGUUCUGAGCUCUACCGCCCCAUCCUCCACUCCCUUCCUUCAUCGCCGUCUUUUUUCUAGAAUCGAAUCGAAGCUGCACACGGUCUCUCUUGGCCUCGCUUUCCCCAUUUGUUCUUGUUGGUUUCUCUCUCUCCUUCGGGGGGAAAUUACAUGUGCCGAAUUGUGGUUUUCGUUCGUUCGGGAGUGAUUUCUCUGGAGAUGGUUCCGUCUAUGAUCCGGAAAGGCUCUUAAGGACCACCAGUUUGUGCCUCAUUUGCUUCGGUUUGAAGCUAGUCAAGCAAUGGCUCAUUCAAAGGACCGAAGUAAUGAUGACAUUCAAUUUCAUUGGGGUAAAAAAAGAGGAAUUGGUGGUACAAAAAGGGAUUGUCAAUUCUAUGAGUCAUUCACAUUUGAUAAUGUGAACUACUCGUUAUAUGAUUGUGUUUACCUUUCUAAGCACGGUGAGCCCGAGCCGUAUAUCGGAAAGAUAUUGAAGAUAUGGGAACAAUCGGGCCAUAAGAGAGUUAAGAUUUUAUGGUUUUUUCGCCCAAAUGAAAUUCAAAAUUAUUUGGGAGAUCACGCGCCAUUGGAGAAGGAGAUCUUUAUGGCUUCUGGUGAAGGUGUUGGUCUUUCCAAUGUCAACGAACUGGAAGCUAUAGCUGGCAAAUGUCGGGUAAUCUGCACUUCAAAGGACGAGAAGAAUCAACAACCUUCCAGCGAAGAAUUGGCUAUGGCUGACUACAUCUUCUAUCGCACAUUUGAUGUUGGAAGCUAUGAAAUAUCCGAAAAGAUAGCAGAUAGAAUAGCUGGUGUUGAAGUUAAGUAUCUCUUAAAUUGGAAAGAGAAUCAGAAGCCAAAAUUUGAAGCAAAUGGUAAUGGAGAUCACAAGCCAAAGAUUGAAGCAACAUUUGAAGCAAUUGGUGGAGAUCAGAAUUCAGAAGAUAAAUUUUCAAGGAAAAUGACAUUGGCUGAUGGCUCAGGAAAACCCUCGGAUAGGGUGUCUUCUGAGAUGGUGAGGCUUAGUGAGAAGAAAACCAAUUCUUUGGAUGAAUCCUUGAAGAAGGCAUUUCCUUCUGUUCCAGCGGACGAAGAUAAGAAGGCUGACCCUCAAACAUUGGGAGCAACCAGAAGACCAGAUCAGAAGCCAAAGACUGAAGCAAUAUCCGAAGCAAUUGGUGAUGGAGAUCAGAAGCCAGAGUUUGAAGCUAUUGGUGAUGGAGAUCAAAGUUCAGAAGAAAAACCUUCAAAGAAAAUGAGAUUGACUGAUGACCUAGCAAAAAACUUAGAUAAGGCAUCUUCUGAGAAGGCGAAGCUUAGUGAGAAGAACAGUGAAGCUUUAGAUAAUUCCUUGAAAAAGGCAUCUCCUUCUGUUCCAGCAAACAAAGAUAAAAGGGCUGACCCUCAAACAUUGGAAGUAACUAGGAGACCAGAUGCGGAUAGAAGCAAGUGGUUCAAGGGACUUCCUUGGGAAGUGAGGAUGCAGAAUGCUGCUGAGCAAGGAACACUUGUGUUUAUUGAGAAUUUGGACCCGUCGUAUACAUCAUCGGAAGUAGAAGAUAUCAUCUAUCUCGCUUUGAAACAAAGUUGCACUGCAAGGGUUAUUCAACAGGCUACAUUUCAAGAUCCUAAUUACGGUCAAGCAUAUGCGAUUUUUAAAACAAAGGAGGCCGCAGAUCUGGCUGUUUCAAAGAUCAAUAUGGGAUGCUUAAUGCUGCCAAAAGGAAGACCCCUUACUUGCAGCAAAGGCAUGUUGAAGGUGCCACUGCCAAAAUCAUCUACAUUUACUGGUCAUUCGUCUGUCAUGCUCAAGUCCCAAUUGCAACGAGAGGAUAUGAAAAAGGCUGUGUCGACGUCACACUGUUCCCAGCCUAAUACAAUUGAAUAUGAGAUGGCCAUGGAUUGGAUUCUUACACAAGAAAAAUCUGUCAGAUGGUUCCACCGGUUGUUUAAGCGGCAUGGUGAUGAGCAGAAACUAGGCCAGAAGAACCUGAAGCACAAGUAAAGGAGUAAUCACUGCAUCCUUUGGUAGACUGUUCCAGGUGCUUAUUUCUCAAGGGUCCGAUGGAACAUUCAACUUUUGUUCAUGGCGAAUGUAUGUUCCAGGCUGUUUUCGAUUCUGGAUAUGAGCCUGGAAGAGAUUGUUGGGAUCAUCGAGUAUAGUGGUAAUGAUUCUUCAGUUCUGGUCAAAGAAUGACAUGGCAUAAGCAGCUGAAAAUUUAAUGAACUGAGUAGCCCGAGCCACCAACCUCCAAGACUUCCAAAUAUCGAGGUUAGCAUCCACCAUGUGUGGGUUGUAAUGUAACAUUUUGGUAGACCGGGUUACCCAUGGUUGGCCACAUCGGCUUUAUUUAGAUUGUAUUAUUUGUAAUAGUUUGGCGUUCCCAUGCCCACCCCAAAUGUUAUAUGAGCAAUGAGCUGUAAAAUUUGUAGGUCAUUAAUUAUGCUAAGAUCGGCAUGAUGUGGAUGAUUUAAAUUAAACAGAACAUAUGGUGAAUGGCUGGCCAGUAAUUAUUUGAUUAAACAAUUUUAUUUUU